UUCUGCUAUAUCAAUGGAGGAGAAGGUCAAGAUUCGGCAAAGGGUUAUACUCUUCCCACUUCCAUUACAAGGAUGCAUCAGCCCAAUGAUUCAGCUCGGCAAGAUCCUCCACUCGAGAGGCUUCUCCGUCACUGUAAUCCACACGCGCUUCCACGCGCCUAACCCUUCGAGCCAUCCCCACUUCACCUUCUUACAGAUCCCCGACGGCUUGUCUGAAGCCCAAGCCCGUACUAAGAAUGUCACCCUUCAGCUUAAGCUCCUCAACAGAAACUGCGAGUCCCCGUUCCGAGAAUGCUUGGCUACGUUGCUGUCGUCAUCCGAGUAUUCGGACAAGACCGAAGAGAAAAUCGCCUGUCUGAUCGAUGAUUCCAACUGGGUCUUCACUCUUUCAAUGGCCGAGUGUUUUGGUCUCCGUAGAUUUGUCCUCAACACUUAUAAAGUCACUUUCUUUCUUGGCCAUUUCCUCAUUCCCCAGCUCCGACGUCGUCAAGAAUAUCUUCAAGUCCAUGGCAUGAUCGAACAAGAUGACCCUGUUCCAGAGUUUCCGCCUCUCAGAAAGAAGGAUCUGUCUCGGUUCUUGGCCGUACACGGAGAGAUACUGGAUCCAUCCCUGCCAGUGAUGCUUGAAAACAUCAAGGCGUCUUCAGGGAUCAUAUUCAUGUCUUGCCAAGAACUCGACCAAGAUUCACUGGUUCGAUGCGGUGAAGCCUUUCGCUUUCCGAUCUUCUCCAUAGGCCCAUUUCACAGCUACUUCUCGGCCUCCUCCAGCAGCUUGCUCGCACCAGACGAGACCUGCGUUCAUUGGUUAGACAGGCAAGUGGACAGAUCGGUUGUCUAUGUGAGUUUCGGGAGCAAAGUGAGCAUUACCGAGCCGGAGUUCUUGGAGAUUGCUUGGGGACUAAGCAACAGCGACCAGCCUUUUCUAUGGGUGGUUCGGCCUGGUUCUGUCAGUGGCUCGACGUGGAUCGAGCCGCUACCAAAAAGGUUCAUGGAAAGAGUCGGGACGAGGGGCAAAAUCGUAAAAUAGGCGCCACAGCAAGAGGUUCUUGGGCACCGAGCCACGGGAGCGUUCUUGACGCACAACGGAUGGAACUCGACGGUCGAGAGUAUAUGCGAAGGGGUCCCUAUGAUAUGCCUCCCUCGCGUUUGGGACCAAAUGCUGAACGCGAGAUUCAUCAGUGAUGAAUGGAGGGUUGGGAUCCAUUUGGAAGAUCGGGUCGAUAGAAGGGAGAUCGAGCGAGCAGUCAAGAGGCUAAUGGUGGAAUCCGAAGGAAACGAGAUCCGAGAGAGGAUGAGCUUGUUGAAAGACGAAGUUGGAAGAUCUGUCAAACAAGGAGGCUCAUCCUACAGAUCUCUUGAUAAUCUGGUCGAUCAUAUAUCAUCAUUCCUGCCCUAAAGAUUCUUCUGUUUCCAUGUUCAAAUCUUUCAAAAUUGUUGUGUUCGUCUUCUUCAAAUUCCGUUGUCUGCAUUGGAUUUUAUGAUUAAGGCAUAAACAAACACCACUAAUUGUUGU